CAUUCGUCCCACAACUGUCACUUUGCGAAAAGAAAAUUUCGCAGAGAAAGCAGCGGUCCAGUGACCAGCAGUGAAAAGGACCCAUAUUUCCGUAGAAAAAACCGGUCCCGAGACGCACUUCGUCACCGGCCAGUGCCCCUUGUAGCGCCAGUGUAAUCCAUCCAGUUUCGGUGGCACCGCCGUCGAGGAAGCACCAGCAGGUUUGGCAAAUUAUUUGCGAAUUUGUUCCGUCGCCGGGUGAAGGAGAAGAAGCAGGACCAGGACGGGGAACCGCGCGGAGACGACGUGUGACAGGAGGGAAAUUUUUCUUUGGUUGAACCGUUUUCGGGAAAUUCGUCAAAAUUAGCGCAGAAUCGAGAGUGCGUAAAAUGUCCCUCAACACGGACUCGCCGGACGCGAAAAAGCCCUGCAAGGGCAUCCUCAAGUCGUCCAGCAGCUUCGACAAGCGGGACUCGGCCGUGUCCGUGGCGGCCUCGGCGGGCCACCGCAAGAGUGCCAAGUUCGACGAGCUGAACGUGCUGCAGACGUACCACCCGCCGGACAAGGACUACGGCCACAUGAAGGUCGAUGAACCGAAAACGCCGUACAACUACGUCGAGGAGGGGGACGUUGACCAGCUGGAUGCGGAACUGCUGGCGGAAAAACUCCGCGUGGCGGCCAACUCCCGCAGCGAUUCUGUCUCCGAAGAGGAGGAACCGUCCUCCGACGAGGAACAGGAGGAACUGACCGAGGAGGAGCGAAAACGACGGGGCGAGUUUGAACGGCGCCGGAAAGCGCACUACAACGAGUUCGAAGCCGUCAAGCUGGCCCGGAAGCUGAUCGAGGAGGAGGACGAAGAUGACGGCGAGGAUGGUGGCGGCGGCGGCGGCUGCGAGGACAAGGAUAGCAGUAAAAACAGCAGCGGCGACCAGCCCCAAAAGAUGGAGGUCGAAGACGUGGACGAGGUGGACCGGAAGAAUGGCCAGGACCAGGCGGCCACCAGCAGUCAACAGCCAGUCGCAGGUACCGUUUUGCCGGAGGCCGAUGAGGUUUAGAACCUUGUUUUGAAAGGCGCGUGGCCACGAGAGAUGCGGGAGGGGGAGCGAAAGUUUUGUUUCUUUCAUUUUCUUGUCCCGAUGCGCUCGUUAUUUCUAUUUUGUGUAAGCGUAUCAUAACAUAAUACAUAUAUUUAUACAUUUUUGUACACCAAUUUACGUAACGCGUACGAUUAUGUUAGUUGCCUUGAUUUAA